AAAAAAGAAAGAAAAGAAAAGGGAAAAUCACUGAAAAGUCUGUCCAAAGGGAUUUACUUACUAGAUUUAAUUAAUUUAUCUUUUUAUUAUCUUUAUUUUAAUUCCAAAUCUUCUCUAUCAUCAAUUUAUCCACAGAAUUUUUAUCUCCAAAUUCACCACCAUUAGCUUCUCUAAACACUCAAGAGCUCACAAUCCAUCAAAUACUGUUUUAUAAUAAAAAAAAAUUCAAGAAAGCGAAAGAAGAAGAAGGAAAAAGGUUGAUGAUGGAAAUGUAUUGUUAGGUUCUUUUGUUUUUUCUAUGUUUUAGAUUCUUUCACUGCACCAAGAGGCAUAUCCAAUGGAUCUCAUACAACCGGUUCAGUGCACUCUAAUUUUUACUGUUUCUUGUUCUUCUUCUUCUUGAAUCUCGGUUUAUUGGUGUUUUUUUUACGCAUGAUUUUGGGUUCUUGCGUUGGUUGUGGAUUGUUAUUUAUUUAUUUAUUUUCAAUUUUUAUGGUGAGAUUUGGGUUGGGAUAUAUAUAGAGAAGAGAAAAGGAGCUUUUUUUUUUUUUUGGUUUUGUGUAGUAAUGGUGUCUGCAAAUGACCCGAUGGAAUCAUUUCUCAAUUCAUUUCAAGUGGUGAAAGAUGCUCUCUCCCCACUUGAACUUGGGAUUAGAAAAGCAGCUGAAGAUCUUGAGAGUUGCUGGGGAAUUUCCAAGAAUAAUAGUAGGGCUAAUCAUCUCGAAUUGAAUUCUAUUGAUAAUAGGAACCUUAACACCAAGGUUCAGAUCUGUACUGUGAAAAAGAAGAUUACUGGCAAUAGUGAUGGUAAUAACAGGAACUCCGUAGUGGGUGAAGAUAGAAAGAAAGGUCUAUCAAUUAAAGUUCCUAUAAGAACUUUGUUAGGCAUGUUUUCACCUAACCCGGAAAAUGAUAUUAACAAGGACAAUGGAAAUAGCAAAGUUGGGGUGGUGAAGAAGGGGUUGAAAGAGAGGGAAAUGGGAAGUGAAGAUGGGUCUUGUGCAAAUUGUUUGCAGUUUGCAGUUACUUGGUCUUUGGUAGUCAGUAGUUUUGUUCAGGCAUUUCCUAGUCCUUUCAAAACGAGCAAGAAGCGGUUUCAGAAAUUAGGUGAUGAUGAUAAAGGUCAUUUGCAUUUAUGCAAAAAUGGAUUAAAAUCAAAGCUUUCAAGUGAAUUGAAGCCAAGGGAAUCAAGAGAUCAAUAUGCUGAAGCAGUUCAUAAUGGGAAUGAGAAUGAUAAAGAAGGGAAACAUGUACCGCUUGAAUGCUUUGUAGGUUUUAUUGUUGAUCAAUUAGCUCACAAUAUACAGAAAUUUGAUCAGGUUUUGCAGCAAACAGAAAGCAAAGGAUGUGAUUAUGAUUACUCAACUCCAAAACCAGCAUCUUCCCAGUUUGAUCAUUUGAAGGCAAUCAUGAAUAUUUGGGAAGGUAGAAAGGUGGAUGUAAAUGGGUUUUUGGGGAAUUUGAAGUUUGCUAGAGUAGGAGGUGUACCAUCAAGUAUAGUUGGAGUAUCUUCUUCAGUCAAUGAAGAGGGUGAGGAUGGUAUAAGUGCUGCCACGGGGGAGGAAACUGGGGGUAGUUCACCGCAAAAGCUGGCCAGUGGCUUACUCAGUAUUCCCUUGUCGAAUGUUGAGCGUUUGAGAUCCACAUUGUCUACAGUUUCAUUGACGGAGCUAAUUGAGCUUGUGCCACAGCUGGGGCGGUCUUCUAAGGACUAUCCUGACAAGAAGAAACUGUUCUCUGUCCAGGAUUUCUUUAGAUACACAGAGUCUGAAGGAAGGAGGUUCUUUGAGGAACUGGAUAGAGAUGGUGAUGGUCAAGUAACUUUGGAAGAUCUUGAAAUUGCAAUGAAAAGGAGGAAAUUGCCACCAAGGUAUGCUCGGGAGUUUAUGCAGCGUGCUAGAAGUCACUUAUUUUCAAAAUCAUUUGGUUGGAAACAAUUUCUGUCCUUGAUGGAGCAGAAGGAACCAACCAUUCUUCGUGCUUAUACUUCUCUCUGUUUAAGUCAGUCUGGAACCCUGAAAAAGAGUGAAAUAUUGGCAUCACUUAAGAAUGCUGGACUUCCAGCAAAUGAGGACAAUGCUGUUGCUAUGAUGCGAUUUCUGAAUGCUGACACAGAAGAAUCUAUUUCUUAUGGACAUUUUCGGAAUUUUAUGCUGUUGCUACCUUCUGAUAGACUUCAAGAUGAUCCUAGGAGCAUAUGGUUUGAAGCUGCAACUCUUGUUGCUGUUCCACCACCUGUGGAGAUACCAGCUGGAAAUGUUCUAAGAUCUGCAUUGGCUGGGGGCCUAUCAUGUGCAUUCUCUUGUGCUCUAAUGCAUCCUGUUGAUACGAUAAAGACUCGGGUGCAAGCAUCAACCACUGUUACUUUCCCAGAGAUCAUUUCAAAGCUUCCAGAAAUUGGAGUUCGGGGUGUAUACAGGGGUUCGAUCCCUGCCAUUCUAGGACAAUUUUCAAGCCAUGGCCUGCGAACUGGGAUAUUUGAAGCUACUAAACUUGUGCUAAUAAAUGUUGCUCCGACCCUUGCAGACAUACAGGUUCAAUCUGUAGCAUCAUUCUGCAGCACAUUUUUGGGGACAGCAGUUCGUAUCCCAUGUGAGGUACUGAAGCAGCGUUUGCAAGCAGGUCUUUUUGAUAAUGUAGGGCAGGCUAUCAUUGGAACUUGGCAAGCAGAUGGUUUGAAGGGGUUUUUCCGUGGGACUGGUGCCACACUUUGCCGUGAGGUUCCAUUUUAUGUUGCUGGAAUGGGCCUAUAUGCUGAAUCCAAAAAGGCUGUUCAGCAAGUUUUAAGACGGGAACUAGAACCCUGGGAAACAAUUGCUGUUGGGGCUUUAUCUGGAGGACUAGCGGCUGUUGUGACUACCCCUUUCGAUGUGAUGAAAACUAGAAUGAUGACUGCACAGGGUAGAUCCUUACCAAUGUCAAUGGUAGCCAUCUCUAUACUCCGUCGUGAGGGACCCCUUGGCUUAUUCAAAGGAGCCGUACCAAGGUUUUUCUGGAUUGCCCCCUUAGGCGCCAUGAACUUUGCGGGUUAUGAACUAGCAAGGAAGGCCAUGGAUAAAAAUGAUGAAGCAACAAAUGAUCAGCUGUCUCGAAAGAAGUUGACUAAUUCGGUGUAGCCUUUUGAAAGUUAAAACUGCAUCUGCAUCUUUCAGAGUCUGGUUUUUCAUUUAGUGAAUGCUGCCGGAAAAUUUUGUGCACUUUCUGAAUUUUCAGCAGCAUAUAUGUCGAAUACCAUCUGCCGACAAGCCUUUUAAUUUUCCUUUAUACACAUUGUAUUUUUCCAGAUAGUUUUGUUUCAAAAUUUGUUGGUCUAUUGGGGAAUGGCUGCUCAAAUCUUUUUGGCUUAAUCUUGUAUCUACUUCAUUGGUGUACAUUCGAUGUCCAGUUAAUUUUGUUCUUUCCUUAACCUGAACCCUUUUGUAUUAAUUGUAGAUCUCUUUUGGAGCUAAACUCUUUUAAAUGUUUUAAA